UGGGACAGGGUCCUCCAAAAUGAGGCCGGUGCUCACCUUGUGCCUCCUCUGCCAGGCGUUCUGGCCCCAUCCAGGCAGUGGCGAACACCCCACAGCCGACCGUGCGGGCUGUUCGGUUUCGGGGGCCUGCUAUAGCUUGCACCAUGCUACCUUUAAACGAAAGGAGGCUGACGAGGCUUGCAACCUGCGCGGUGGGGCGCUCAGCACCGUGCGUGGGGGCGAGGAGCUCAGCACGGUUCUCGCUCUCCUGAGGGCAGGCCCAGGCCCGGGAGGAGGCUCCAAAGACCUUCUAUUUUGGGUGGCGCUGGAGCGCAGACGUUCUCACUGCACCCUGGAGAAUGAGCCCUUACGGGGUUUUUCCUGGUUGUCCCCCGACGCCGAGGCCGAUGAGGGAUCUGAAAGCAACACGCUGCAGUGGGUGGAGGAGCCCCAGCGGUCCUGCACCGUGCGUGGAUGCGCUGGACUUCAGGCCACCGGGGGAGUCGAGCCCGUAGGCUGGAAGGAGAUGCGAUGCCACCUGCGUGCCAACGGCUAUCUGUGCAAGUACCAGUUUGAGGGCUUGUGCCCAGCGCCGCACCCUGGGGCCGCCUCUAACUUGAGCUACCGCGCGCCUUUCCAGCUGCACAGCGCGGCGCUGGACUUCAGUCCCCCGGGGACCAAGGUGAGUGCGCUCUGCCCGGGGCGGAUCUUCGCCACAGCCACCUGCAUCGCGGACGAGGUCGGCGCGCGCUGGGACGGGAUACCCUCCGGGGCCGUGCUCUGUCCCUGUCCCGGGAGGUACCUCCGUGCUGGCAAAUGCGCACAGCUCCCCGACUGCCUAGAUGACGCUGGAGGCUUUGCCUGCCAGUGUGCUGCGGGCUUCGUACUAGGGAAAGACGGACGCUCUUGUGUCACCAGCGAGGAAGGGCAGCCAACCCCUGAGGAUACCGAGGUACCCUCCAGGCUCCCGCCUGCCACUGUAUCCACCCCCAUGCCGAAGAGAACGUUGCCACCCAGGGUCCACGAGAAGCUUGGAGAGAUACCCCAUGUCCUUGGACAAGACAGUGCAGCAACAUCUAUUCCUGAGAUUCCUCAGUGGGGCACACAGAGCACGAUGUCUACUCUUCAAAUUUUCACUGAAGCCGAGUCAAAGGCCACUGUCACCUCUUCAGUGACUCACGAACUUAAUUCCACAUCUUCUUCUGCCAUUCCCCAGCCUUCUGACACCUCUUCCACUGUGGUCUUCAUCCUUGUGAGCAUAGCAGUAGUGGUAUUGGUGAUCUUGACCAUGACAGUGCUGGGGCUUUUCAAACUCUGCUUUCACAAAAAACCUUCCUCCAGGCAGAGGAAGGGGCCGCUGGCCCAACCCGGGGGUGUGGAAAGUGGUGGCGAGGCCGCUGCUCUGCAUUCUAGUUCUGUACGUGGCACAGAUAAUGGGGUGAAGGUUGGGUACUUUGGUCGAGGGAACAGAGCAGACCCCUCACUGGCAGCGUCCUCUCCCAGCGCUGUGUCCACGUAGGGGAACAGGGGUCAGUGCAUAUUUCUUGUAAGUAGGAUUUCUCACUUUCAAUGAAAAGGA